AUGGAUGGUUCUGGGUUCCCUGGCCGCGAGGCCAUUGAUUUGACUCCCCCGGUCUCCCUUCAAGCCGACGAUUUUGCGUGGCCGGACUGCCCGGCGCCACCACCGCCACCAUCACCUCCGCCGCUCCCCGUCCCUGUUCUCAGAACCAUGGACCCAAACGCUCUCGAAGUAAGCUGCUUCCGUUGCCGCUCUCCUCUGGUUCAGUUGGUUCUUGAUCUUGUCCUCUUGGGCGAUGCGGAGGCCAGGCAAACUGACGAGGGCAUAUUAGAUGAUGAUGUACACGAUGAGAUCCUGGAGCAGAUCCACCGCGCCGCACGAGCCACCUCCCUUCGGGCGUCACAAGCCCACGACUUUUACCCUGGGGUACCAGACGAGUACAUCGACUGGGAGGCAUUUGUGCCGCCCUAUGUUUGCCGUGUCCGUGGCUGCCGAUUUUACGGCCUUGACUUCCGGGUGCGGGUCGCCCACAUGAUCAACACCCCUGGCGAGACCCCCGAGGCCAGCCUCACACCCUCACCUCAAGACACGACCGUACCAGAAACCAGCGUGCCGUUGUCUUCGCCCGAGGUUUCUCUCUUCGAUGAGGAGAUCCCGGAGACCCCACAAUGGGGCAGUAUUACCGCGUCCGACGAGGAUAAGGAUAUGUCUAUUAUUGUAUUAUAA